CCUUCAUGAACACAUUAGUAUGUGAUCAGAGAGAAUACAGAGUUUCUCCACACCAGAAGCCCCUGUGUUACACACAAAGUGCUGACACUGGCCAGCUCAGUGGUGCAGACCGUCUCAUCGGUGACAAGUUUUCACUUCUCUUGGAUCCAAAACUACUUCUGCUAUCAAGACUCUGAUUUCCUGGAAGGAGUACGUUAUUAGCUGGAAGUGAUGGCACAGCGUUACUGCACCCUGGGAUGUUUUCUAGCCCUGGUUUAUGGGGACAAGCUGUGGGAUGUUCCAGUCCCUUCUGAGAAGUUCCUUGGUUCUGGAAAAAUGAAUUGGGAGCCUCAAUGUCAAUACCAACUGCGCCACCUGCAGGAUGGAGCACGUAUUUCUGCAAUUUUGCCGCCCAACAUAGAAGGUCAUUGGAUUUCAACAGGAUGUGAAGUCCGACCUGGACCAGAAUUUCUUACCAGAUCCUACAUGUUCUAUCCUAAUCGUUUGUUUAAAGCUCUCCAAUUUUACUACAUGGAUCCCCAGUGCCAUCAGCCGUCCUAUUCUCUGGUGAUCAAGGGAAAACUGCGCUUGCGCCAAGCAUCAUGGAUAAUGAGGGGAGCUACAGAGGCAGACUAUCACUUGCACAAAGUUGGAAUUGUGUUUUACAGCCAGGAGGCCAUGAGUAACAUUAAAGCACAGAUGAACAGGACAUGUGCUGAUUUUGUAUCCACUGGCAGGACUUGGGCACCAGGAAGAGUAUAUGAGCUUCUCAGUGACAAAGCAGAUAGAGACUGUACUGCUGCCAUUAACUUCACUAUGCAUGAGUUAAGCCUGGUGAGACUGGAAAAACAAUACAACUCUCAGCAGAUGGGCGGACUGGUAGAGAAGCUGUUUCUGGGAGACAUCCACACAGAGAUAUCGGAAAGAAUCCACUACCGACCAAAUGGAUACCAGCUGCCACUACAGAGUGCCAUGCACCAUGUCUAUCCGUGUCGGGUCUGUGAAAUUAUAUACAAUGCGGAUGAACACCAACCACCAGUCCUGCCUCAGACUCUGCAACCACAAGGCCAUCUUAAAGGUAAAUGGGUGAGCAGCCAGUGUGAAGUGCGCCCAGCUGUCCUCUUUCUCACCCGCUACCUGAUAUUCCACGACGAUAACCAUACGUGGGAAGGAUACUACUACCACUAUGCUGACCCUCUCUGCAGACAGCCAACUUUCACCCUUUGCGCUAGAGGACACUACACUAAAGUGGAGAACUCCAAGCAUGUUAAAGGAGGCACAGAACUUGUGUUCACAGUAAGCAAAGUUUGGGUUAAACCAUUAAGCCAGGAAAUUUUGCAGAUGUUGAAUACCUCUCCGUCUGGGAACUGUGGUGUGGCCGGAUUAUGGGCCAUGGGGGAGGAACAGGACAUUGCAGGAACAGGAGGCUGUGAUGUGUUGGGUAUAAGCCUACCACACACUGAAUAUGAACUUUUUAAAAUUGAGCAAGACAACAGUGGGCGCCAUCUCCUGUACUUGGGUGAGAGGCCAACCGAUGGCUCCAGCCCAUCAACACCCAACAAACGGCCCACAUCAUACCAGCCCCCUCUUAUCCAAUGCUUUGAUGAGCUCACACUACCUUCCAAGCAAAGUCUCUCUAUGGAUUUUGCACCGAACAUUGCACACUUAUCCUUGCCCCAUUUUUGGGCUCUGCUCUUAAUGUUUAUUGUACUACAUAUUUUAAGACUGAACUGAUUCACUCAGGCUGUUUUUUCAGGUGCAGCUUUCUGACCCUGUCGGAGCUGGGACACUCAUAUUCCACUAAAAAGAAAAAAAUUGAGGUUCUUUUUUGUUUGUUUUGUUUAAAGAUAUUGUACAUAGUAUUCUAUCUAGCUAAUGCACUUGCUGAAAAUAUAUAUAUAUAUUUAAACAAAAAAAAGAUUUUCCUCUGCAGAUGUCUCAGUUCUCAGAGACAAAAGACUAAAAUGAAAACUGCCAGACUGUGCACUGGGAGAAGCAAAAUGGCAGGCAAAUGCUGGCUUAUCGCUGUAAACACUGCACUUUCUCCGACAGAACUCGAGAAGCAACCUGCAGGUGAACUGCAAACAACAGGUCUUUUUAAUCCUGCAACAGAUUCACCACUUCAUUACAAUGAACAACUGAAGCCAAAAUAUGGUCUUCAAAAACACUUAAAAAUAAAAAUUUACAUUUUAAAGAUUGAUGGAAGUCACUAUUUUAAAAUUAAGGUUUGUGCAAACCACUAGGUAAGAUUUCCCAAUGAGCCAAAUCAAUGUACAGAUUUGUCUUCAUACAUCAUUGCUGCAGUCGUGCCAAACAGUCCCUCUCAUCGCGCCAGGCCCUUUAGGUUCUGCUAGCAUUGGGCAUCUUUUUUGCCAAAAAUGCAUCUACUGUAGUUCGCAACACAACUAGUGUGCACCAGGAGAAUGUGCUGAUUAAUUUAAUAUGCAACACUUGUACAGAUGGAGCAACGAUCAUCUUGGCUUCACUGCUGCGCCUAGGUGCACCAUGGUUUAUUAGCAUAAGCCUUUCAUCUAUUGUUCUCAGCUGCAAUACAAUAAGAGAAAACAAUACAACAUGGGAUUAAGUCCGACUGCCCUGGCACAAUUAAUCCUAUUGAGGCCAAGAUAAAGAUGGCUCUAUCUGUACAUCUGUGCUUUUUCCAUGCCAAUUUCGUUGGGCUUCAUAGACACACUCAGUCGCACACAGAUAUACAAGUGUUGCAUAUAUAAUUAAUCAGCAGCCUCCUGGUGCCCGACUAAAGGGCCCUACACAUUGACCGAUCCACCGCCGAGCUGCCCGACGGCGUAUACGGCCCACCCAGCGGCGGGGUGGGCAGUGAACUUCACACCCCCCGUCACCCGGCUCCAUAGAAAUGCAGGCAAAUAUGGACGAGAUUGUCCAGAUUGGCCUGCAUGCACAGCCGACGGGGCACCAGCUAUGAACGAGCACAGGGCCGCACAUCGUUCAUCUCUGGUGACUCCACACUCAAAGAUAUGAACGUUAUCUCGUUCAAUAAUGAACAAGAUCGUUCAUAUCCUUGAGGAUUGUCGGCCAGUGUGUAGGGCCUAUAAGAUGCAUUUUCAGCAUAGAAAAAGACACCCAAAUCUAGCAGAGUUGCACGAGAUCUAAUGGUUCUCUCAUGCCGGGCAUUUCGCACUGAAGCUAGAUGUAGGACACAUCUGUACUAAUGACAUCUUUUAGAAGUCUGACAACUUUAAAAUGCUGCCUGAACAAUUCUAUAUACAGGCAGACUUGAUAAGUAAAACAAAAUUAUAUUAAUUUUUUUUGCCUUAUCUACUGUUGCAUAUUAUUUUAUGACUGCUAAGUGUCCAACCUAGAGACCAAAGCCACUUGGAGAAGAGUCCAUAAAAAGUGGAGCAAUCUCUAAAUGUUCAUUAAAAAAUGUCUUUGUUGGAACAAAGAUUUUUAGCCCAAACUACACCGGCUGUUCACCAAUUAGCUGCAGUAAUUUGCCACAGCUAAUGGAUUCAGCUGGGGCCAUAAGCGAUUAGCAGUCGUCAGAGCCAUGAUAACACACGGGAUCGGGAACUUAUCCCGAAUUUCAUGUAUUAUCGCAUGAUCGCGGUCCUUCUUUGAUCAAUAAAAAUGGCAUAUAAUUUGAUAACAUGAUAAUAAGCACUGAUCAAAAACUAUCAGGCUGUUUUUAUCGGCCAAAAAAGGGUCGCACCAAAUUAGCGUUAAAACGGAUUUUUUGGAUGUAAAAAUGUACCUUGACGCACUUUACAAACAAAAAAGUUGCCUUACUUAGCAUGUGCUCUAUAGAACUAACAUUUUAUUGACAUGUGAAGCUGCAGCAACUUUAACAAAAAACCCUACAAACGAUAAUUAUUAAAACAAGGCAACGUUUGCACUAUUCUGUUUUAUAGAAUAUUCACCUCAGACAAUUUAUACACUUAGAUCAGGCAUUCACAACCUUGAUCCUCAAGGCUCACUAGAGUGCAGGUUUUAGUGAUAUCCAGCACAGAAGGUUACAUCCAAAUAACUGAGGUACUAAUUAAGUCACUUGUGCUGAAGCAUGGAUAUCACUAAAACCUAAUGUUAAGCGCAUCAUUGCAAAAAUCCUCUAUAUUGUUUAAACAGCAGCCUGAUUCUCAACAGCAGUAAAUAAGACAGACUGCAAACCUGAGACAAUGCCAGGGCUGUUUUUCCAAGCACAAAGUGCCGGGAAUCGCCAGCCCUUAAAAUGAUUAUUUUUUUGUUCCAGAUGUAAUCAAAUUGAAUUAAAAACCAACAUUUUUAUCGA